GAAAUAUCCAGUAACUUGUGGUGGCCUGUGCAAGUGACAGACUAGUGCUGCGAGGAUGUGGACGCUACCGAGGACCCGGUUGGCGCACUGUAACGGAUCGUCGAGCAGCGACGAGAAAGAAAUCGCCGUAAACAUCGGGGGUGUGCGGCUCGUGCUGUGCGGAGACAUUCUGAACCGCUAUCCGGACAGCAGGCUCGCCGAACUAGUGAACUGCUCAACUCGGAGUUUUGAUGUCAUUUCCUCGCUCUGCGAUGACUACGACCCUGGAAAACGAGAAUUCUACUUCGACAGAGAUCCCGACUCGUUUAAAUGCAUCGUGGAAGUGUACUACUUUGGAGAGAUCCAUAUGAAGCGCGGAAUCUGCCCUAUUUGUUUUAUCAAAGAGAUGGAGUUUUGGAAGAUCGACUUGAGCUACUUGGACGAAUGCUGCAAGAGUAACUUAACUGAGAAGGAGGAAGAGUUGGCAGAGAUUGCAGACAAGGUGAAACUGAUCCUGGAUGAUCUGGAAUGUGACCCUAACGUGAGCCGCACUGAAAGGUGGCAGAAGUUUCUCUGGAAGCUCAUGGAGAAACCAGAGUCCUCGCUCCCCGCACGCGUAAUUGCCGUCGUGUCCUUCCUGUUCAUUCUAGUGUCAUCUUUGGUGAUGUGUCUCGGGACCAUACCGGACCUCCAGGUGGAGGAUUCCGAGGGGAACCGCGUUGAGCACCCGACCCUGGAUGCCAUCGAGACGGCGUGCAUCGGCUGGUUCACGGUAGAGUACUUGCUGCGCCUCGCAUCGUCCCCAAACAAGGUGCGCUUCGCGCUCUCCUUCAUGAACAUGAUAGACUUCUUGGCCAUCCUGCCGUUCUACGUGGUGCUGGUUCUCACGUGCCUCGGCACGGCCAUGAUGGAGCUGGCCAACGUGCAGCAGGCGGUGCAGGCGCUCCGCAUCAUGCGCAUUGCGCGGAUCUUCAAGCUGGCGCGCCAUUCUUCUGGCCUGCAGACGCUCACGUACGCGCUCAAACGGAGCUUCAAGGAGCUGGGGCUGCUGCUCAUGUACAUGGGAGUGGGCAUCUUCGUGUUCUCCGCGCUAGGGUACACCAUGGAGCAGAGCCACCCGGAGACGCUGUUCAGAAGCAUCCCGCAGUCCUUCUGGUGGGCCAUCAUCACCAUGACCACCGUCGGCUAUGGGGACAUCUACCCAAAAACCACCCUAGGCCGGUGCAACGCGGCCAUCAGCUUUCUGUGCGGGGUGAUCGCCAUAGCGCUGCCCAUCCACCCCAUCAUCAACAAUUUCGUCAUCUAUUACAACAAGCAGAAGGUGCUAGAAACCGCCGCCAAGCACGAGCUAGAACUCAUGGAGCUGCGCGAGCUCGAGCUCGAGGUGAGAAGCUCCUCGCGCAGGUCUGACGCGCCCGGGAACGUGUGGGAAGGUGCCUUGCGCGCGUCGCGUAGCGAUACAUACAUCCCGCUCCUUUCGGGAGCGCACAGAACUGAGAGGGAGCCCGUGAAGAAGAGAAGCCUGACCUAGGCCAAACAUGAAAGAAACUUGCAAAGCACUUUACGUUUCACGAGAGCUUGUGUUAUUUUGGUCAAUGUGCGCUAUAAACUGCUGUGCUGCAGUGUGACCGUCAAGCUGCUUGUGGUGUUUUCACUGGACAUCAAAAGUCAGUUCCUCUUCAAAAGUGUUAUUUUGUCUUUACUAAAUAAAGUGCAUGUCAAACUUCACGCGUAUGUGUUUUAGAUAACAACCAAAAUAUUUACAUCAACAUAAUCAGAAUCAUACUGAACAUACACACACAUACAAUGAGCUACAAGUGUGAAAUCAGUAUCAUACAUGAUCACCACCCUCCUGAGGUGACUGUAGAAGUUGUAAGUGUAAAAAUAUGAAGGAUUUACAGGACACAAACCAAAUUUGAGGUAAGAAAGUAUAGUUUAACACUUUUUUAAUUUAAUUUUUUAUUUUAGAUCAUAUUAAUGAAUGGUAAAUUAUUAAAUUGAUAUUAUGAAUUGGC